GGGGGAUGGGGGAGGGGGCAGGUAAACAAGCUUAAAAUCUCACAAAAAGAUGGCUAUACUGUUUAUUUGAUAUAGCAAGUAUUCAAGAAAAAGAAAAUCCCAUUUUUGUUCUUUGAAGUUUUGACUGGGAUUUGGAUGUUUAAGUUGUUCAAUUCAUAAAAACUGGGAAUUUCUUGCUGAAACAAGGUUCUUUCUGUAGUGUUAAAAGGGUUUUAGAUUGUUGUGUUUUGGGACAGGCAAAGGGGUUGAUUUUUAUACCAAAAGAUGAGGUUAGGCAAAGGGUUUCAGUUUGAGUUGUAUCUUCAAGGGGAACCCCUUAUUCCAGGCCUUCCUGAUGAUGUUGCCCUUAAUUGUCUCCUUCGACUUCCGGUCGAGAGCCAUACCGCUUGUAAAGCCGUAUGCAAGCGAUGGCACUUUCUGCUUGGUAAUAAAGAACGAUUUUUCACUUCAAGGAAGGAACUAGGUUUCAAAGACCCUUGGCUGUUUGUGCUUGCCUUCCACAAAUGCACUGGUGAAAUUGAAUGGCAGGUUCUUGAUUUAACCAAUUUUUCUUGGCAUAGCAUCCCUACGAUGCCUUGCAAAGACAAUAUUUGUCCCCGUGGUAUUAGCUGCGUUUCGUUUCCCGGUGAGGGCGCACUCUUUGUUUGUGGGGGGAUGAUGGCCUCCGAUGUCGAUUGCCCUCUUGACUUGGUAUUCAAGUAUGAGAUUCAGAAAAACAAUUGGACUAUGAUGAAAAAGAUGAAUACCGCUAGAUCGUUUUUUGCAAGUGGAGUGAUUAAUGGGAUGAUAUAUGUAGCUGGUGGAAACAGUGCUGAUCUUUUUGAGCUCGACUCGGCCGAGGUUAUGGAUCCCGCAAUUGGGAAUUGGCAUCCAGUAGCCAGCAUGGGGACCAAUAUGGCAUCUUAUGAUUCUGCAGUACUCAAUGGAAAGCUUCUAGUGACAGAAGGCUGGUUAUGGCCAUUCUUCGUCUCUCCAAGGGGUCGAGUUUACGAUCCAAUAACUAAUACUUGGGAGAAUAUGGGUCUAGGAUUGAGAGAAGGUUGGACUGGCUCGAGCGUAGUGGUUUAUGGCCACUUAUUCGUGGUUUCUGAACACGAAAGAAUGAAACUCAAAGUUUAUUAUCCAGACAAUGAUUCCUGGGAAACAACACAAGGUCCCCCAUUACCAGAACAGAUAUGCAAACCAUUUGCUGUCAAUGCAUACGAUAACAUAAUAUACGUCGUUGGUCACAACCUUCAUGUUGCCGUGGGCUAUAUCUCGAAACAGAAUCAAACAGGCAGUUCCGAGAAUAAGUGGAGAUUCAGUGUCGAAUGGCAAGUUAUCGAUGGUCCAAAACUUUCUGACUUGACACCCUCAACUUCUCAGGUUCUGUUUGCUUAGCUUGUAUCACAUAUUGUCUAUCAGUUCAUUCAAUAAAUUGUAAUUGCAGAAGUAGUAUGCAUGUCGAUAUAUUUUUCCGGUCAUGGACUCACUUUAUUCUUGUAUGGAAUAUAAGUCCAUAUCAUCAAUGGCUAUAAGCACAAUUACAGUGGUAGGAGAAUAUUGGAAACUUUGGGAAAA